AUGAGCUCGAUGGCUGAGGGCAAUGAGGGUUGGUCGCGCGAGGACGAACUUGACCUAGGCCAGGAAGAUGAUUCCCAACAACCCGACCAUGGCGCCCUUGACAAAACAUUACCUUCCCCGCAGGAACCAGUGGAAGAGGAAUUGGACACAAUAGACGAUGUGGAGGAUCACGAUUCCGAGAAGACAGCGGGACCGCAUGAUUUCAAGUUCCCAGAAACCCCUCCGCCGCGACAUGCGGACUGGGCCGCGACAGGGAGCGUGGAUGGAACAGGGUCAAACCCCGACGACUCCCCAUCGCUACAUGGCUCUCUUCCUUCCUCUCUGAGUAGCAGUGCUCUUGCGCUCCGCGGAUCUCCGCGGGUUAGCCCAAGCCCGGCCCGUCGCCCCUUUGACCUUCGCUUCCAGUCCCGGCUAUCUUCCUCGCCGCAAAGUGUGCAUAGAGCCGGCUCGCCAUUCCUAGCGCACCUUCACUCCCGGCAGUCUUCAAUAACCAGCCAGAUUUCCCCGACCCCAGAAAUAGAAGCCGAACCGGUCCAGGGGCCUUGGGAGGUGGUGCGAUGGACAAAGCUGCGGAAGAUCAGUGGGCAGGCGUUUUCGGAAAUCGGGAUGCGCAAUUUCGGAAGGCCAACUUGCCUUGCAGUGUCCACAUCUAUUAUAAUAGGUACAUCCAAGGGUAUCAUUCUCGUGUUCGACUAUCAGCAAAGCCUGAAGACUAUUAUUGGAACAGGCACACCAGCUGUUGAAUGUGGUGCUGUUACAUCUCUAGCAAUUUCCGCAGACCAUUCUACCGUUGCAGGAGGCCAUGACUCGGGCGAUAUCUUUACGUGGGAGAUUUCGCGCUCAGCAAAGCCUUUCCUUCACAUCUCCCCAAUUCCGGUCAAUCAAGUUGAGACUCGAACAUCUGAUGGCCAUCUUUCAGGAUCCGCGGUCAUUCAUAUCGGGUUUCUUGGCACCAGACGAACCGCACUAGUCUCGGCUGAUACACGGGGCAUGUCGUUCUCGCACCUGGCAACAAGAGGAAUGGGUGCAGUAGGGCGAACAGUCAAGACAACUCGAAUCCUGGGUCGAUAUCCCCAGCCUACGGCGGAGAUCAAACGACGGAAGCCUAGCUCUGUCCUUGCUUUCUCUCCUCUGCCCCUUGGCAACGUAGAGCAAUCCACUGAUUCUUUGGGUCUCGUUGCUAUGCUGACACCCUAUCUUCUUGUUAUUGUGUCCACCACACCAGUGGCGCAAACCCAACACAAAGCGCCGAGACCCAAAGAAGUUCCCGCUCACAGUGCCAUGACCGGCGCCUUGGCAUGGUUUCCAGCAAUUCGACUGAAGGGCAAAGACACUCAAACUUCAAACACGAAGCUUGUCUACUGCUGGUCAAAUGUAUUGACCGUGCUCGAAGUCUCAGAUGCCGAGUCUGACGAGCAUGCAGACAAAGACAAGCCUCCUAGCCUCGUCUUUAGAGCGCGCAGCAGAUGGAGAGCAGAUGAAGCUAUUGUGGCUGUUCAGUGGCUCAGUCGCUCGGUACUCGCGGUGUUCACAAUAACGCAGCGGCUACUGAUCAUCGAGGAUUAUUCUAUGCAUGUGACAGACUCGGUCGAUCUCGCCAACAGACUCGUAUAUCACACCGAUCUCUUUUCGUCACAGCUUCAUUCGCUAGUUGAACAGCUUGACGAAGAGGACGAAUCUAUGCACGGAGUAGUAGCAGAUGCAUUCCAUAUGAGUUUUCGUUCUUAUAAAGGGCGCUUGUUCUUGCUUGGUUAUAACGAAGCCUUGGUAGGCAAUCUAUCAAAUUGGGCUGAUCGCUUGCUAGCGCUUAUGGAGGCCGGUGACUUCAUUGGGGCCAUUCGACUAGCAACCUCCUUCUAUACGGGAGAGUCGGAAAAGCUGACGGUUGGGCUUCCAGAAGAGGAUGUUUCGAGGCAGCCUAUCGUGCAGGAAAAGCUUUUGGAAAUGAUAUCCGCAUCGCUCAAGUAUGCUUUUGGUCGAAACUACCAAGCAACCAGCAGCCGAGUUGAGAACCAGCAGCUAGAGGAGCUCGCAGAAGUUUCUAUCGCGGCUUGUAUCUACAUGGCCGACGAAGAGUUCCUCUGGGAGGAAGUCUUCAACUGGUAUGAGGAGCAAGAUUCGGCAGGCAUUUUCCUGGAUGCCCUCGAACCACGCAUCGUUGAUGGAACUCUCCGAUCACUACCUCCGACUGCGGUCAAGGCCUUGAUUAACCAUUUUAUUGGAACUCACUCGGCCGGUCGCUUGGAGGAGAUCAUCUGUCUCCUUGAUACUAGUACAAUGGACAUCGAUCAAGUCACAACGCUGUGUAAGCAGCACAAUCUUUACGACGCCUUUAUAUAUGUAUGGAACCGCUGUUUGAUGGAUUAUGUGGGACCUCUAGAAGAGCUACUAAGUCUCAUUCCCUCCCACUCCGAGCCCUUGGUCAACGGUGACUAUAUGGUUGAGAUGAGACGGCAGAACAAUGCGAUGAAGAUGUUCCCCUACCUGUCAUUUAUCCUGACGGGUCGUGUUUAUCCCACUGGAGAUGACAUGGAUGAGGUUGAAGCCACGCGAGCCAAGACAACCUUGUACCAAUUCCUCUUCUCGGGCCGUGGAUCCGGUACUAUGCCUGGAGAUACCAACGGGGCAGACGACUCCUUCUCCCAACUUCGAGCUAUGCUCAAGUUCGAUGCUUCCAGCUUCAUGAGCAUGCUCAACGAGGCAUUCGAGGACAGCUUCCUAAAUGAACCCGAGGGCGAGGAUAUCUCCGCAUCGGGCAUGUCAAUCAAUCGACAGUACCUCAUUAGCAUUUUGCUGCAAGUCAUGGGCGAUGCUUUCUUCACACCUUUUGACACCAUCUACCUGGAUAUGUUUGUUGCGCGCAAUCUUCCCAAAUACCCCCAGUAUAUUCUCCUUUCUGGCACGAUCCUCCACCAGGUUCUGGUCCGCGUAUGCCAAUAUCCCGAGCAGGAAAUGGCAGACGAUUGCGAAUUGAGUGCAGAGUAUCUGCUGUCUUUUUACCGCCCACCGGACAUCGAUACCAUGAUUCCUUUAUUUAAAGAGGCACGCUUUUUCCGGAUUCUCAAGUCGACUUACCGUGCAGAGAAGCAAUAUCCUCUAUUGGUUUUGACUUAUCUAGAGGAUCCGAAUGACCGUGAUGCCAUCUUCACCUGCCUGCAUGACUGCCUCCGUCCAGGCUCUGGGCUUGGCAAGAAACAGAGAUGCGACAUAGUGGAUGUAAUCAAGGAGCAUGCCCUGGAGAUUGCUACAAUUAACGUGACACACGCUGCACAGACGAUGCAAGCCUUGGUCCCUGAAACACACUCUACUUUUUUGCGGGUUCUAGAAAAUGAUCCCCAGAACCAGUAUCAGUACUUGUUAGUCCUGGUUGAGCCGCACGCUCAAACUGCGGACACGCGAUCUUUGCCUAGUAUUGAGAACUGGAUGAUCGAGCGCUACGUACAGCUUUUGUGUAAAUAUAACCCUUCUCAUGUCGCGGACUUUGUCGACGGAUUGCGAGUCGGCGACAUCCACCUGGAUGAACUGCUCCCGUACAUCGAGGAAAGCGGAGCCAUCGAUGCUGCCGUCAUCCUCCUCGCCCGACAGGGCCAAGUCCGCGAGGCCCUUGACCGUCUUGUCGCACACCUGAGCACCCUCGAAUCUGGUCUGAUAGGCAUCCUCCAGAGCGUGCGCGAGAGCCCUGACUCAGCGACCACCGCCGAGGCAAUUGACGACCUGAUCGAGUCGCUGAACAAGUAUGCGGGUGUCGGAACGUGGCUCUGCCAGGGCCAAAGCAAGACAGCCAAGCAGUCGCGCGCAGGCAGUGCCAACGGCAAACGCAACGCGCCAACUCUCGACCAGCCUCUGGCCUUCGAUGAACUCCUCUGGCUCGACCACAUCGAAGCCGUGGUCCGCAUUGCAAGCAACGUCUUCGCCUUCAUCCAGGGAAACAACACCCAACUAACCCUCCCCGCUCAAUUACCAACAUCCCUCGCCGGUGAAAACGGCCGCCUAACAACCUCCUUCCGCACCGUCGUCCAGCAAGUCUUCACAGCCCUCCUAGCAAGCACGGUAAAAAGCAGCCCAGUCACAACCACAACCGAAAGAACAGACAUGUCCUUCCUACGCAUCCUGCGCGCAUUCCUCACCCGCGCCGCAACCUGGUCCUCCUCCCUCCUCGAGCUGCGUGCCGUGCUAGCCUCCAUCUUCUCCGCCUACUCCUACGAGAAAUCCCUCCUGACCCUCGCAAACGGCAUGCUAGACCGCGACCUCUUCAUCCACGUCGACGAAGUCUCCCGUCUACGCCAGCAAGGCUGGCGGCCUCGCGGUCACGUCUGUGAGAUCUGCCGCCGCCGCAUCUGGGGCCCCAGUGUCGGUGACGCGCAUUGGUCCGCAUGGGAAGCGCGAAGCGCUGAUACCUAUGCGCGCCGCAUCGCAAGACGCAAUGAGGAUAGCUAUAACCCGUCCGAGCGCGGGAAGGGCAAGGCUGCUGAUGUCGGGAUCGGUCAUCUGUCGCGGCUAGAUGCGGGUGCGCAUGCGCAUGCACAUGGACAUGCCCACGUUCACCGCGAGCAUGGCACUCAUGGUGGUGGCGGUGUGUCUGAUGCGCACGCCGAUCAUGAUCACGACCAUGACCACGGUGAGGCUGAAACUGGGUCUGGAUCCGGCGCUGUGGCUGUGGCUGCAGUCGCGGACAGUCCCCCAGAACCCGUUGUCGUUUUCGCCUGCCGACACCUCUACCACCGACGCUGCUUGCUGGACGCUGUCAGCGCGGGAGCUAGACCCGCUGAAACCGCGUUUCGGCGCGACCAUUUGCCCGACCUGUUCUGCCCGGCCUGUACAUAG